AUGGCCGCGCAUGCAUUACUAAAUAAUACUAUCCGUCGUCAGUUUUCCUCAUUAAUGAACGAAACGCGUUCCUUGAUUGCUGUUUGCCAGUUGACAUCGACUAAUGAUUUAGAAGCUAAUUUCGAAGUUGCAAAAUGGAUGAUGAAGCGUGCUAAAGAGCGCAAUGCGAAGAUGAUUUUCUUCCCGGAGUGUUUUGAUUACGUUGGAGAAAGCCGUGACGAGAAUGAAACGCUGGCUUUGUCUGAGAGCAGCGAGUAUAUUGGUCGGUAUCGAAAGUGUGCCAAAGAAUAUGGACUUUGGCUUAGUUUGGGCGGAUUUCAUCAAAAGGAUCCCGCUGGAUUACGGAAACCUUUCAAUACUCAUCUUAUAAUAGAUGAUAAAGGAGAAACUCGUGGUAUCUACAGAAAACUUCAUCUAUUCGAUCUAGAUAUCCCUGGAAAAGUGCGAUUAGUAGAAAGCGAAUUUUCAAGUCGUGGGGAUGAAAUUUUGAAGCCAAUUUGUACACCUGUGGGGAAUGUCGCCAUGUCCAUUUGUUACGACUUACGGUUUGCUGAAUUGGCAUUAUGGUAUCGCAUGAAUGGAGCCCAUAUUUUGACAUACCCGGCAGCUUUCACUGUUAGCACUGGUCUCGCACACUGGGAAACCUUACUAAGGGCCAGAGCAGUCGAAACACAAUGUUACGUCGUCGCUGCUGCUCAGACUGGUAAACAUAACGAUAAAAGGUCGUCAUAUGGUCACUCAAUGGUUGUUGACCCUUGGGGAGCAGUUAUUGCUCAGUGUUCAGAAACUAUAGAUAUAUGCUUUGCUGAAAUAACAUUAAAUUAUCUCGAUGAAAUACGAAAGCUGCAACCUGUUUUUGAUCAUCGGCGUUCUGACUUAUAUUCAUUGAUAGCGGUGCAGAGGAACAAAAUCGGAAAUGAAAUGUACACAUUCGGCAAUCACAGUAUUCCGCCCGAGCACGUUUUUUAUCGCAGUAGUUACACAUUCUGCUUCGUGAAUCGAAGUCCUGUACUCCCUGGACAUGUGCUAUUAUCUCCUAUCAGAAAUGUGAAGCGACUUACUAAAUUAAGUCAUGCCGAAACUUCCGAUUUAUUCAUAACUGCAAAGAGAAUACAGGCAAUGCUGGAAGACUACUAUAAAGCAACAGCUUCGACUGUUUGCGUUCAAGAUGGCCCUGAAGCAGGACAGACUGUUUCACAUGUACACGUACACAUACUUCCGCGGAAGAAGGAUGAUUUUGGUGACGACCCAGGUAAUAUUUGUCGUGAAUUAGCUCAGCAUGACAAAGCCGAAGAAAAGAAAUUCCGGAAUAAGGAAGAAAUGCAGAAUGAAGCCAAUGUAUACCGAUGUUUGUUGGUUACUGGAGAAGCCGAGUGA